AUGAGUAGCAAAAAAGAACAAAAACCAAACGAAUCCAAAAAAUCCGAUAAAAUGAUAGAUCCUCAUCGAGAAUAUUUAGAUAUGGAUACCGAUGAAGAAGAUUUUGGACGGCAAGAGUCACUCGAAGAUGAAGAAGAGAUUUCCUUAGAACCCGAAAAACCAGUAUUCAAUGAAGAGGAUCUAACUACUUUAGUGAAUAAUGUAAAAAGUUUAACGAUACACUCCUCUGUUCGUGAUGCAGUGUGGAAUGAAAGCUCUGAUGAAAUAAUACGAGAUUAUUUCGAGAAUCCAUCACACGUGGUGCUAAGCACAUUUUACGAAGAUAAUAAAUUACAUGCAGCUUUAAAUAUUCCGACAAAUGCUCCUAAAGGAUUUACAUAUUUUUUAAGAUCAUCGUGGCACGUAUAUACACCCGAGAAUUUUUUUAAUACAGUCUCGUUCGGUACUAUUAAUGGAAAUUUUCAAAAUUGUAUUUUAAAGUUUAUGGAAAAUAUUUAUGCACCAACUGUGCUUCACAGCGACGAGUAUUUAUCAUUUCUAAGAAACGAUCUGCUUCUAAAUUUGCACGAAUUUAUUAUACAUUUAAGCGAGGCAAUUUACAAACCGAUGGGUUUGACUAUUUUAUACGUGCCAAAGGAACGUCUUGAAAUAUUUUCGAAAUUAUCUAACAAGAUUAAUUACUUCUUCCUGGGUGAAAAUCAAACGACAACCAUUUCGGACGAAGACGAAAGAAAACGAAAGUUAGUUGGAAGAUUGGAGAAGAUAGUUUGGUAUUGGAUUAGGCAAAUGCGUGAAGUAACACGUACAUCAUUAAUGACUAAAGCAAUUAAAAAUAUACAAGAUGAAGUUAAUUACUGCAACUCAAAAUAGGACGUUGAAAAUUCUGUAACAGAAGCCUUACUCUUAAUACUAUUCAUUUGGACAGAAUCGUCAUUCUAUUCGAGCGGGAAGAGGAUAGAAAUUCUCUGUCAAGCAUUCAGUUCCCAGAUAAUACAACAAUGUAAAGAAUAUUUAGAGCUGAAUGUUGCUUUUGAAAGUGAUCCAGAAAUGGGCAUACAAAACCUAGAAAAGUGUAUAUCCUGCUGCGAUAAUUAUAAAAUAAUUUACAGUAAUUUAAUUACAAAUGUUGUCCCUUGUAUCAAUCUUACUAAACAAUGGAGUAUAAAUGAUAAUAAGAUUUUCGAUCAAAUUGAUGCUUUUAAACAAAGAUGUAACGACGUCAUCGAAAUUUGUCGAGCGUUAAUUGUAUUUGGAAGAUGCAAUAAAGUAGGAUCGAUCGGAAGCGUCAAAGGAAGAGAUCACGAAACAUAUUGGAGAGAAAUUGAAAAUUUAUUUCACGAAAGUUUAAAUGAAAUUAUAGCGGUUCGGGAUAUUAUAUUUGAUGUUACAAAAUCUAUAUGGCUUCAAAAGAUUGAAAACUUUCGAUACAUAAUUCUGCAAUUAGAAAAUAUGGUAAUAAAUCUAAUCAACGAUGUAUUUAAAGAUGUUAAGAAUGUGGAAGAAGGCGUCGAGGCGAUUUUUGCUUUCCAAAAAUUUAAAAAAAGAGAAAGUUUGAAAGAACUUCUACAAAAUAAAUGGAUACAGAUAUGGAAAAUUUUUAAUAACGAAAUCGAGUAUUGUUAUACCACUGCGAUUAAUGAAUCAAAGGAAGAAGCUGUUAUGAACGUAAAAUUGUUAUGCAUAUUCCAAUAUUUAAAACGUCAAUAUUCUAUAAUGAUAAAUUCAUUGAAUUGGGUAGGAGAGUACGGCGCUGAAAAGUGUAUCUUACAACGGUGUGAAUAUGUAUUAGAUGUAAUUGACGAGAGAAGAAAGAUGUUUAACAUUUACAAUGAAACAUAGGAAUAAAGA